AUGUCCGAGAAUACAGAAGAACCAAAGACAGAGGAGCAGCAAGAAAACAAGCCGCAAGGCGAGGAAAAGCCCAAAAGCGAAGGCAGCAAAUGGUACGCUGCGCCAGAAAGCUAUGGCAACGCUGCUGGUGAAAAAAUUCAAGGUGCGCUUGGAACGGUCGGAGAGCCCCUCGGCAAGGGCCUAGAAUAUGGCACACGCCCUGUGGGCGGCAUUGUCGAUUCUCUUGUUGGUGGUGUGAUGCGAAGCGGAGACGUCAUGAACGACGCUCCUAAGCAUGGUGAGGGUGUAGAGAACACCAUAAGAGACAAGGCCGGCCAAUUGAUGGGACAGGGCCAGGAGGCUAUGAAGAGUGGACAAGCCCAAGAGUACAUGCAAAAAGCACAGGAUGCUGUAGAAGGGCAAUAUGAGCAGGGCGGCGAGCAGGCGCAGAAUGUUAUACAGCAAGGAAAAGAUGCUUUGGGCUCAAGUGGAGAGCAAGUUGGAGACGCUGCGAAGAAGGGUCAAGAUGUUGCUCAACAUACUGUUCAGAAAGGUCAAGAGACAGCUGGCCAAGGCGGAGAGCAAGCGCAAGAUACAUUGAAAGAAGGAUCAGAAGCAGCGGGUCAGACUACGAAAGACGUAGGGGAGAAAGCUGAAGAGACAGCUGGCCAGGGCGGAGAGCAAGCUCACGAAACUCUAGAGAAAGGAUCAGAAGCAACGACUAAGGCUGCCAAAGAUGUGGGAGAGAAAGGUGAAGAGACAACUGGUCAGGGUGGAGAGCAAGCGCAAGAUACUUUCAAACAAGGAUCAGAAGCAGCGGGUCAGGCUGCGAAGGAUGUGGGAGAGACAGGUCAGGAUGCGGCUGGAGAAGGAGGAAAUCAGGCCCAAGAGACUUUAAAGAAGGGUAAGGAUGCCGUCCAAGGUGAAGACGGUGAAGGAGAUGUGCAGACGAAGAUAGGUCUGAAGGAUGAGGAGGGCGAGAAGAGUCAGGAAUAG